AGCUCUGAUUGACAAUAAUGGCGACGCGUUCGCCUUCAGUUGCACCUCUAUGAGACAUUUCUCAAGAAAUUCUCAAGCAUUUUCACCAAUUCUUUGAUAUUACUUGGGCUUAAAGGUCGGCUUUAAGGAUAUAUUUCAGAAAUUAUCUCCGAAUCUUUUUUGGCAAGGAAAUAUUAAGUUCUGCUGGUGGAAUUCUUGGGAAAGCACUAACAAAGGUCUCCUCAUCCGUGGCGAUGUGGCUGCUGUUUUCAGAUCCGUGCGUGCAUUUGUUUCGGGCAUGAAGAACUGCGGUUACUUAAUCUACAGCCAUUCAUUCAGACAUUACGCUGUCACUUAUUAAAAAACGGGACGCUUUGCUGAAAGUGGUUUAGUUGCACUGGAAGCUGGAGCUGAUUGUUGCAGAAGCUUUUCGCGUAACGUUACAGCAGCUCUUAAAGACAUUGUGAAUCGCGUCGCGCGAAGUUGGACCAUCUGUUGAACGCUUGCGAACACAUAGCAAAGUUCGCAAAAAAAAUUUAUAUCUCACGAUAAAAGCGACGGUUGUUUUUUCUAAACCGAAAGUUUUUAUAGGAAUUUUGCUAUCGUCAAGUAACAGCCUAGAACUUUAGGUAGGUUAGCUAUAGCUGGUUAGCCUAGACCAGCUAACGUUAACUGGCCUUUUCUAAAAGCAGCCGUUAGAGACUUAAAUAAACACUUUGCCAAAUUUACCACAACAUUGUGUCCAGAAUAAAUUAAAUUACAACGUAAAUUUGCUAACUCGACUCCGUAAGAGAUAUUUCACGAAAACGACGUGCACAUUAAUUUUAUUUGUCGCUAACUUAAGCAAUUCUGAAUACUUCACAGUUAAAUUCUGUCGUUAGGAUAUCAAUAUACAAUUAAUUGUAUGACUUAAGAAAACCAGGUCAUCCCUUUACUUGUCCAUACCGCUAAAUUACCCUCCUUCACUUGCCAUUGGCCCAGAUGUAAGACGGGAGGAAUCAGUAAAUUUAAAACCUCACGUUUUCUGAGCUGGUUUAACGGCUAGCUAAAAGUAACGUUAACUUAUAUUGCAAUAUUUGCUCUUAAAUGACCACCGGUAGGAAUAACAGAGUCAUGAUGGAGGGAGUGGGUGCUCGAGUUAUCCGCGGGCCUGACUGGAAGUGGGGUAAACAAGACGGAGGAGAAGGGCACGUCGGCACUGUCAGGAGUUUUGAGAGCCCGGAGGAGGUGGUGGUUGUGUGGGAUAACGGCACCGCCGCCAAUUACCGCAGCUCUGGAGCUUAUGAUGUGAGGAUUCUAGACAGUGCGCCCACAGGAAUCAAGCAUGAUGGCACCAUGUGUGACACCUGUCGGCAGCAGCCCAUCAUUGGGAUCCGAUGGAAAUGUGCGGAGUGCACCAACUAUGACCUCUGCACAACCUGUUACCAUGGUGAUAAGCACCACCUGCGUCACAGGUUCUACCGCAUCACCACUCCUGGUAGUGAGAGAGUUCUUUUGGAAUCUCGUCGCAAGUCAAAGAAGAUCACUUCCCGGGGCAUCUUUGCAGGAGGACGGGUGGUGCGAGGAGUGGAUUGGCAGUGGGAGGAUCAGGAUGGCGGGAAUGGAAGAAGAGGGAAGGUAACGGAGGUCCAGGACUGGAGUGCUUCCAGCCCCCACAGCGCAGCCUACGUCCUCUGGGACAACGGGGCCAAGAACCUCUACAGAGUGGGAUUCGAGGGCAUGUCUGAUUUGAAGUGUGUGCAAGAUGCCAAAGGUGGCACUUUUUACAGAGACCACUGUCCAGUGUUGGGUGAGCAGAAUGGAAACAGGAACCCAGGAGGCCUGCAGAUUGGAGAUUUGGUCAACAUUGAUUUGGACCUGGAGAUCGUUCAGUCGCUGCAGCAUGGUCACGGAGGCUGGACUGAUGGCAUGUUUGAAACGCUCACAACCACAGGCACUGUGUGCGGCAUUGAUGAAGACCAUGACAUUGUUGUGCAGUAUCCUAGUGGAAACAGGUGGACAUUUAACCCAGCGGUGCUCACAAAGGCAAACGUUGUACGUAGUGGAGAGGUGGCGGCUGGUGCUGAGGGAGGCAGCUCUCAGUUCAUGGUGGGAGACUUGGUCCAGAUCUGCUAUGACAUUGAUCGCAUCAAACUACUUCAGAGAGGACAUGGAGAGUGGGCUGAAGCUAUGCUGCCAACUCUUGGAAAGGUGGGAAGAGUGCAACAGAUUUACUCUGACAGUGACCUCAAAGUGGAGGUGUGUGGGACAUCCUGGACAUACAAUCCAGCCGCUGUCACUAAAGUGGCUCCUGCUGGAUCUGCUGUUAAUAAUACUUCUGGAGAGCGCCUGUCUCAGCUCCUCAAGAAGCUUUUUGAGACUCAGGAGUCUGGAGACAUUAAUGAAGAGCUGGUGAAGGCCGCGGCUAAUGGCGACCUAGCCAAAGUAGAGGACAUCCUGAAGAGACCUGAUGUAGACGUGAACGGGCAGUGUGCAGGACACACUGCCAUGCAGGCAGCCAGCCAGAAUGGCCAUGUGGACGUCCUCAAACUGCUGCUGAAACAUAAUGUGGAUCUGGAGGCUGAGGAUAAGGAUGGAGACCGAGCUGUCCAUCACGCAUCCUUCGGGGACGAAGGUUCCGUCAUUGAGGUGCUGCAUCGAGGCGGGGCUGACCUGAAUGCCAGAAACAAACGCAGACAGACACCUCUGCACAUCGCUGUCAACAAGGGCCACCUACAGGUGGUGAAGACUUUGCUUGACUUUGGCUGCCACCCCAGUCUGCAGGACUCAGAGGGAGACACACCUCUGCAUGAUGCCAUCAGCAAGAAGAGGGACGACAUGCUCUCUGUGCUCCUGGAAGCAGGUGCAGAUGUCACAAUUACCAACAAUAAUGGCUUCAACGCACUUCACCACGCAGCUCUGCGAGGGAACCCCAGUGCCAUGCGUGUGCUGCUAUCCAAAUUGCCACGGCCAUGGAUAGUGGAUGAGAAAAAGGAUGAUGGUUAUACCGCGCUUCACCUGGCUGCCCUCAACAACCACGUGGAGGUAGCAGAGCUCCUAGUCCACCAGGGAAAUGCCAGUUUGGACAUACAGAAUGUUAACCAGCAGACGGCACUGCAUCUUGCUGUAGAACGCCAGCACACCCAGAUAGUGCGACUCUUGGUGCGAGCUGAGGCAAAGUUAGAUGUGCAAGACAAGGAUGGAGACACGCCACUGCAUGAGGCCCUGCGUCACCACACUCUGUCCCAGCUGCGCCAACUUCAGGACAUGCAGGACGUCAGCAAAGUGGAGCCCUGGGAGCCCUCCAAAAACACAUUAAUUAUGGGACUGGGCACUCAGGGGGCUGAGAAGAAGAGCGCAGCCUCUAUUGCUUGCUUCCUGGCGGCCAAUGGAUCUGACCUCACCAUCCGUAACAAGAAGGGCCAGUCUCCUCUCGACCUGUGCCCUGACCCAAGCCUCUGCAAGGCCCUAGCUAAAUGCCACAAAGAGAAGACUAGUGGGCAGGUUGGCUCCCGUAGUCCGUCUGUAAACAGUAAUAAUGAGACUCUUGAGGAAUGCAUGGUGUGCUCGGAUAUGAAAAGGGACACGCUUUUUGGCCCCUGCGGUCAUAUCGCUACCUGCUCUCUCUGCUCGCCUCGCGUCAAGAAGUGUCUCAUUUGCAAGGAACAGGUCCAGUCCAGAACCAAGAUUGAGGAGUGUGUGGUUUGCUCUGAUAAAAAGGCAGCUGUGCUUUUCCAACCCUGUGGUCACAUGUGCGCCUGUGAGAACUGUGCCAGCCUGAUGAAAAAGUGUGUACAGUGUCGGGCCGUGGUGGAGCACCGCACUCCCUUCGUUUUGUGCUGUGGAGGGAAAGGUAUGGAGGAUGCCACUGAUGAUGAGGACCUUACAGGGGACUCUAACUCAAUGGCAGGGGGGUCGCAGGAUCUUCUCCAGCCCAACAAUCUGGCACUAAGUUGGUCCAGCGGAAAUAUCCCAGCCUUGCAGAGGGACAAAGACAACACUAAUGUCAAUGCAGAUGUACAGAAGUUACAACAGCAACUGCAGGAUAUUAAAGAGCAGACUAUGUGCCCCGUGUGUCUGGAUCGCCUGAAGAAUAUGAUCUUCAUGUGCGGUCAUGGCACUUGUCAGCUCUGUGGAGACCGAAUGAGCGAGUGCCCCAUCUGCCGCAAGGCCAUCGAGCGUCGUAUCCUGCUUUACUAGAGCGCCGGGCCAUUGCAGCAUCCCUGUUUUCCAGCCAGUGUGUUGCUGCUAUAAGCACCUUUCCUGUAUCCACACUAAGCUAAGAGUCAUCAGUGUUACAUCAUCCAUUUUUAUUUGAUCUUUUAGGCUCGAUAUUGGUCCAGUUAAUUUCAUUUUUCUGCUUGCUUGGAUUGUGAUCUAGCUCAGGGUUCCUCAAAUCUUGCCCUGGAGGGCCAAUGCGCUGCAGAGUUUAGCUCCAACCCUGAUC